AACAUUCUGCUCCAGUCAGUCAGUCAGUGGGGGAGGGUUUGUUUGGUGAGCAGCAUCUGGACGCUGGACGGGCCUCUGCUCUGGCCGUUGUGUGCUCAUCACUUACUUUAGUUACACUGUGUCUGGUGUCAGAAUAUACUAAAGUAACCAGGGUUGUGCUGACAGCUCUGUCAUACUUGAUGGAGUGAUAGGAGCUCAGCUUAGAAAUGGAUGCCUCUCUUCUUGAAUCUUCACUGCCAUCCCCUGCAUCCCCUGUCCCCACUGCUUUCUCUGCAUCUGGGCACACCAUUCAUCCAGUGUCCUCUUCUUCAAAGCCUAGUCCCUCCCAUUCAACAAUGACUUCACCCCCACAUCACGCCUCACAGACAGGUCGAUCCCAGCUGAAUGCGGCCAGCAAUUCCCACACUGCCUUUCCAGGACAAUCAUCUUUUCCCCUACAGGGGGAAAUCCCAGAGGAACUGAGCAUAGAUGAUCUUAAACAGAGGGCAAAGAAUGGAGACACCAAAGCACAGACAGAGAUUGGCAGAUAUUACCUGAGAUUAGCUGAGCAAGAAGAUGAGGAAGUGAAUUCUGUUACUGCUGUUACAUGGCUGCUCCAGGCGGCCAAAAAUGGACGGAAAGAUGCAGUGAAACUGCUCCAGCGCUGCCUGCAUGAAAGAAGGGGCAUUACAGCUGAGAACAGAGAAGAAGUGUGUUCCCUGGCAUGUGAAUCUCGUUUUCAGCGCAGUGUAAGAAAAGCAGCCCUGUUAAUGUACUGGAAACUCAAUCCAGAAAGGAAGAAAAACAUCACUGCCGCUGAACUUCUGGAAAAUGUGAGCCAGCUCAACACUGAGACAGAUGGUGCUCCCAGCAGCCCUCUCCCAAGCCCAACACAGAAACAAAGAAAGGUUUUGGAGAGUUUGGUCUCAAGAGAUGGGAUUGAUUAUGUUGGUGUAGAAAAGUUUGUUGAGAAUACUAAACAAUACGCUGAGGGUAUUUCUCCAACACCUGCUAUGGAAGGGGUCGCGGGUGAUGAUGAUGAUGAUGACGAUGAAGGGCCAGUAAAGAACCCGGAUGAACUACCUUUGCAUCAGAAGGUGUUGAAAUUUCCUCUUCAUGCCGUGAUGGAGGUGAAAGAAGUGUUGAUUGACUGGGCGUCACGUGCUGGCAUGCAGUGGAUUAACGCUCUCAUACCUACUCAUCACAUCAAUGCCCUCAUCUUCUUCUUCAUCAUCUCCAACCUAACCCUGGAGUUCUUUGUCCUUGUCAUUCCCCUCAUUAUAUUCUACCUCUCCUUCGUGUCAAUGGUAAUCUGCACACUCAGAGUCUUCCAGAACACCAAGGCAUGGGAGAACUUUCGAGCGCUGACGGCCAUGUUGUCUCAAUUUGAGCCGGGGAUCGACCUUAAGCAGGCCGAGUCAAACUUCACAUGGAACCAUCUUGAGCCAUAUCUCUACUUCCUCCUUUCUGCGCUUUUUGUCAUCUUUUCAUUUCCCGUGGCAGACAAAUCCUGGUUACCAUGUUCAGAACUGGCUACGGUUGCAGUCUUUUUCACUGUAAGCAGCUACUUAAGCCUGCGACCAACAGCGCAGCAGCAUGCCAAAUAUGCUCUGCUUUCCCAGGUUGCCUCCGCCAUUUCUGUAUUCAUGAAUCAGAUGCUGGGGGGCUGGGUGGGUCGGAUAGUUGGUGGUGCUUGGUUCAGUAUGCGCCUUAGUGAUCAGUUGAUACUGCAUGUGGGUGUACCUUGUGUUCUGUAUCUAUACCUCCUCUACCUGUGUUCGCGUAUGGCCACAGAAGGUGGUGCACGGGGCACCUACUGUGUGCUGCUGCCCUACCUGGUGUGCUUCAUCUGGUGUGAACUGUCCUUCACGCUGUUGCAAGAGUCCACUGCAUUGGGGCUUGUGCGCACAGCUGUGGGCUAUCUCCUUUUCUUCUUUGCUUUGCCUGUGUUAACGCUGGCUUUAGCAGCCGCAAUGCUGGUGCAGCUAGUGCAGUGGUUCCUUGCCCUGGAACCGGCCAAAAUGGUUCUAACUGUAUGUGUGUGCGUGCUGCCUGUCCUGCUGCGCUGGUGGACACGUUUUAGUGUGUCGCCCUUGGCAGUGCUGCGCUCUUUGCGGCAUAGCAGUGUGGUCAAGUUGAUCCUUGUGUGGAUUUCAGCCCUGGUGCUCUUCAGCUGGUUCUACGUGUACCGUUCGGAGGGGAUGAAGGUAUACAACUCCACCCUGACUUGGCAGGAGUACAGCGACCUGUGCGGUCCUCGUGCCUGGAAGGAGCGUAACAUGGCGCAUGCCCAGAUCCUCUGCAGCCACUUGGAGGGACACCGGGUGACGUGGGAGGGCCGGUUUAAGUACGUUCGCGUCACUGAGAUUGAGAACGGCGUGCAAGCUGUCAUCAACCUUCUGCCAGUCUUUAUAGCAGACUGGGUUCGAUGUCUAUAUGGUGAGGAGUAUCCUGCUUGUGAAGAGACCCAGACAGGACCUGCUGAACCACUGUGUCAGCUCAAGGCCCUUGCAAAGCACAAGUGCCAUGUCAAACGUUUCGACUACUACAAGUUUGAGGUAACUAUGGGGAUGCCACAGAAGGGGCGCAAUGGGGCACAAGAUUUUGAUGAUGCCACCAAAGACAUCGUGCUGAGGGCUAGUAACGAAUUUCGCCGCGUCCUCCUGGCACUCAGCUCUGGCAGCGUGGUGGAGUUCAGCACGGUACUUGAGGGUAGACUGGGCAGCAAGUGGCCAGUGUUUGAGCUCAAAGCCUUGCGCUGCAAGACAUGUGCCUCACCGCUUGUACCAGUACAACAACAGGUCAAGAUCGAGCAGGACUGGAGGGUUAACGCCAGAAAAGCUUUUGCGUUCGCCUUCAAUUUCCUGUUCCACCCUCUGCUCUCAGCAGAGGUGGACGGUACUGUAGCUACUACAGAUGUAUCUGUGUGAAGCUAGAUUUGGCCAUUGGCAUACACUGCAGUAUUAGACUGAAUUUCGAAGUGCAAGGAGACUAUUGAUAUUUGAUAAAGUGCUUUUGAUAAAAGCGCUAUUAAAAUGCCAGAGUCGCUGUCAUCUUGUUUUGUUCCAAGUAUGGAAGUUAAUGGCUUUCUGUAGCACCUACAGCAGAGGUGCCCAUUUCUGUUUCUGGAGGUCCAUGGUCCUGCAGAGUUUAGCUCCAGGCUGCUCUAACACAGAUGCCUUGAAGAAUCUUAUAAUCCUGAAGACCUUCAUUACCCGGUUCGGUGUGUUUAAUUAGAGUUGAAGCAUGAAAGUGGUCCUCCAGAAACCGACUUGGACACCCCAGUGCUACACAAUCCAAAUAAAAUACCACUACAAUCCCUGAACUAUUUAAUUGCCCCUUUAGCCAUUUUAAUCAAACAUUUAGGAAUAUGCAUAUCAUGAAGAAAUUGAAAGCCAUGUCUUAAUUUCCCCCAAAAAACAGUGCAUCUAGACUCACUAAAUUUUCUACAGUGAGAGAUUACAUUCAUGUUUCUCAUGUUUUACUGAUUAUAGGGCUUUUGAAUGUCUGAUAUUAUAUUUCAUUUAGUUGAUAUAUUGGAAGAUAAUUCAUUACUAUUUUGGUGUGUGCAUGUGUGUGCCUCUAUUUUAUUGUUAUUAUGCCUUAGACUGGUUCAAAGGUAUCUUUUGAAGAUUAAGGUAACUCAUUUUAGGGCAUAUAGAACAAAUUUGAAAAUGAUAAACGGUUUUUCUGUGAAAAUACUGUACAGUACUAUAGAAUUUUUUCUUAGAGAUGCCUAAAGAUCCUUUUAUUUUCUACAGGUUUGGGAUUAUUAUUGUCAUAUAUAUAUAUAUAUAUAAAGAUCUAUUUGAGAUUUAAGUAGACAUUUCAAACCUUAAACAUUGCUGAAAAGAUGUUUGAUUGUUUGUGGCUGCAUUGAAGGUACAAUCUGAUCAGUACAUUGCACAAUAUUAAAACAUUGUACGUAGUGACUGAUUUUGUCCUGUGUGAAAGUCAUCCCUUUUAUCAAUUUUAUUAUAUAUUUAUUAUAUUAUAUUUAUUGCAGUAUUAUAAAUAUGUGAAUGUGCCACCAUUGCAUUAUAUAACAGUCAAUAGUUAAGGGCCACUCACAAUUAUUAUUCCUAUAUAAACCAAAGAGAAGCCACCCACACAUGUUCGCAUAUCGACUACGUUAUUUCCAUUUACUGAAUUACACUGUCUGUGUUUUCCUUUCUGUCCUGCUAUGAUUUCACUGGAUAUUCAACCUUAUUUUACAGACUUGUCAGUGGGCAUGUUUGACUUGGGCCAGUGAACAACCACUUAACAGUUACAACACUGAAAAUAUUAGCAACUGCAUAACAAGCUGGUAUAAUGUCAGCAAACUUUGGAUGUACAAACACAUUCUUCAGAGAAUGUAAAAAAAAAAAAAAAUAGCAUUAUGCAGAGUAAAGAGAAGUGCAAUAAGGCAGCAGAGUUUUCAGAUAUUUAUGAACUGUACAACCAUUAGAUGGCAGAAUAAUUGUAUCUACUGAAACUCUAAUGCACUGGUGAAAGCCACCUCCAAAAUCUGUUACCUCUGCUUGAAAAGGGGAUUAUGCAUGACUCAACCAUGCACGCUUUCAGACAGAUUCCUUGCAGGAUUGUUUAGAAAGUUUAUUUUCAUCUAGUAAAUGUCAGGUAUAAAAUUGAAUAAGUAUGACAGAGAUUCCAGAUUCACUAUGCUGUUUUCUAUUGGGUUGAAAUUAUUUAUUAUUAUUAUUUCUGCACAAGAAAAUAAGGGUGGUGCUUUUCAAUAAAGUGUAAAAGAAAGCAAAAAUUAUUAAGUAAUCCAUUUUAGUUGUAAUAUUUUCUGUAUUAACUGGGUGUAGGACAUAUCUGUACAUGUAUGUUUUAUGUGUAUAUAUUUGCUAUUACUGUAUUGUUCCAAAUAUAAAACGGUGAUGUUAAUCAUACACCUUCAACAAUAGGUGGCGCCAAAUACGUGUAAAGUGAGUGUGCCCCCAGGACCAAAGUGACCCACUACUGUGUAGGGGUGUCAAACUCAGUUCCUGGAGGGCCAUAGUCCUGCAGAGUUUAGAUUCCCUAAGCCCUAAUUAAACACACUUGAUCCAAGCUAAUCAAUUCAUAUAGGGUUAUUUGAAAAGUAUGUGUUGAAGCAAGGUUGGAACUAAACUCUACAUGGCUGUGGCCCUCCAUGAACUACGUUUGACAUCUGUGCACUACUGCUUAUUCCGCUACUGUGUUAUGCCAUAACUGAUGGGUUGAGAACCAAACGUUUUCGCAGGGUUUGCGGAUUAGGCAAUCAAAGAAAAACUACAAACAUUCUAUGAUUUUCUGACAUGAGACUUUCAUUUUAAAAGACAUGGGAAAGCACUUAUCUUUGAUCAGAUAAGCUGUAGUCUUGCAUUUCCAGACCUUCAGACAGACGGCAGAAGGUCUGGGAACCUUGGUCACUAUGAAUGACCUUGAAUGGCCAUAUGACUGUCAGACAAAGCAACCAAUUACGUUUUGUUUUGAGCCAUCAUGUUUCGGGGCGUGGAAAUGUCCCCUCAAUAACAGACCGGUGUGUAAAACUCUUGGACACAUUUUUAAGAUUAUAUGCCAUGAACCUUUCAUAUUUCACAUAGUUUUGAAAAUCCAUUUAGUUGAUCCUGAUAAGCCCUCAUCAUCACAGUUGUAAACAUGAUGGCUUUCUUCUUCCAUGAGAGGGUUAGGGAAUCAUGGCAUCUUUGAUUCCAUGGUGGGACGUUAAAGUACACGUCACCCGGAAAUCCUGUGUAAUUUAACCGAUCUGAUGACAAUUUUUGAAACUCCUGAAUUGGUACCAAUUUAUUAUGUGAUAUGCAUCAGACUUUCAGCCAAAGUUUCAUGGCCGUGAUGCCUUAUGCUGAGACUAUAUAAGAUUUUGUCAGGCUAUAUGUCAGUGUCAUAAUUCUUAUGUUAUUUUUUGUAAACUUACGAUAUAAAGUCUCUCUCAUCUUU